GCACCAUUUCCAUUUCUGCAUGUGCCUUUCUUCCAUCCGGAGGUGGAACACAACGAUUCCUGACGGACAACGGCCAUAAUCCACCAAUCUUAAGGGAGAAUGAAUUGUUGGGCAUUCCUGCUUUUCCUCAUUCCUGGGAUCGUCACCGUCAAGGCGAAAGCGAUAAAUCAUCGAUCCUGGGGCUCAGGAGAAUUGGCUCGAAUGCAACCCCAAGGAGGGAUUCUGGGCGAUUAUGGACAAUACAUAUUUGAAAGCGAGCAAGACAUCAAGCUCCUCUGCACUUUGACUGACGCUGGAUUGAAUGAGGGAAUCAAAACCAGUGACCUCCGAUUCAAGACACCCUCUGGUGACGUCGUGAAGCCUAACCUCAUCUCGAAUAACGCAACGGUGUUGCUAAUUAUCGUUAAUGCAACUGCACCUGCUUCCGGUCGGUAUUAUUGCGGGAACGUUUCCGACAACGAGAAGUUCUCCAUGCUUCACACUGUGCCCUUGGAAAUCGGCUUUCCCCCGCUGGAGUUGAAAUCCUGGCGUUGUUGGUCGAAGCAGUUGGAGCGACUCUAUUGCCAUUGGUCGAAACCGGAGAAUCCCGUUUGGACGGAUUAUUUUUUCUUCAUUCAGACCGAUGGGAUGACGAUGACAGAAUGCCGGAAGCGAACCCGAAAUGAAGAGGAAUGCGAGGCGUGGAAAGGCCAGACUCCUCCUUAUCGUCCCGGUGAGACAGAAACGAACAUCACAGUGAAAGCCCAGAAUGUGCUCGGCCAUAGAGUCUUCACUUACCCCUUCGAUCACUACCGGAACAUUAAGAUCGAGAAAUUGGAGAACGUGGAGGUGAAAGCAGCAGACGCAGAAACAUUGGACAUCACCUGGGAUCUGCCUGGUAACUUGCAGUACUACAAUGUCUCCAUCGUCCAUAACAUCCGAUGGGUACCUCGUCCCUGGGCCGAGAAACCACAUUUUCAAGCUGAGACGAGUUUCACGAUUCCAGGAGAUUCGUAUCAGAAGUCCUGGAACUAUGCAUUGACUGGCCUCAUACCAAAUACCAUCUAUGAUGUCGAGAUCAAGGCCAUUGUAUUGGACGCAGAAUUCUCGGAUCUCUGGUCUGAUACUUCCGGGGCUUAUGAAAAAACCAUGCCAAAAGCACCAGACAGGAGCCCAGAAGUGCCGCCGGGGAGCUUCCACGUGGAUCGGAUUGGUGGGAGCCUCAGAAAUAUUUCCCUUUACUGGAUCCCUCUUGAGGACUGGGAGCAAAACUCCGACAACCUAACCUAUCGGGUGGAAGGGCUAGAAUUGACAACUAUGACCAAGGUCGAGCCGACGUUCGUGACAGAGAGGUCCGCCGUCUUCAAGAACCUGCGUAAUAAGUCAGCCUACAGGUUCCACAUCGUUUCCAGGAACGACGUGGGAGAGUCUCCUCAGAUGUCUAUCAUUGAAGUCGACACGGAAAAGAACCGGAUCCCACACCCGAAGAUCCUGAAGGAGAAGUAUGACGACGGGAAGUACAAGUUGGAAUGGAAGGCAUCCGAGAAGGAUAAGACGACGAAUUUCACCGUGUUUUGGUGCCUUUCCCCUCCAUCCUGGCCCACUUGUGCUUCGGACAUCAACUGGGUUGUUGUUCCCAAGAGUAUAGUCGCUUUCGAGUUGGAAUCAAUUGAAUCCCUGAAAUUCGCCGUGUCGGCCAACGGAGAACUCGGGAGCAGUGGACUGAGCUGGAAGAAGGCCGAGAUUCUCGGAGAUGGAGAUGCGAGGUCCACACAAAUUGAAGUAGAUCUGUCCCCAUCAGCGUUUGAGAGUCGGAGGCAUGUCAAGUCUCAUUUGCUUCAUCUGGAAACUCCCCUGACUGCAUUCUCAUAAACCCAUAUAGAGUGACUGGCGUCAAAACAUUCCACUUAUUUCAUAAUAAAAUCCUGAGGAAAAUUAGCUUAUUCCCGUGUGAACCAUCAAUCCUAAUACCGAUCCGGCG